AUGAACGCCAGACCAGAUCUCUCAUCUUGCACUAGUGCUGGGGUUUGUAUCUCACAACGCUCCACUAGGUUUCCUCUCCGCUCUUCCGUUCUUCCAGGGUUCUCCGUGAUGGCUGAGACCAAGGAAACCUAUCAGGAGGAAGAGCUCGUAGAUUUCGAAGAGGAAGAAGAAGCCGCUCCCGAUGCCGGAGCUGCCAAAACGACAGAAGCGGCUAGGAAGGGAUAUGUCGGGAUUCAUAGCUCUGGUUUUCGUGACUUCCUACUCAAGCCCGAGCUGCUUCGCGCUAUUGUGGACUGUGGUUUCGAACACCCAUCAGAAGUGCAACACGAGUGUAUUCCCCAAGCCAUUCUUGGAAUGGAUGUGAUCUGCCAAGCCAAGUCUGGUAUGGGGAAGACCGCUGUGUUUGUGCUGGCAACGCUUCAGCAGAUCGAACCAGUAGCUGGAGAGGUGUCUGCACUGGUUCUCUGCCACACCCGUGAACUCGCGUAUCAGAUCUGUAACGAGUUUCAGAGGUUCACCACAUACCUUCCGGAUGUCAAAGUCGCGGUCUUCUACGGUGGCGUGGCGAUCAAGACGCACAAGGAUAUGCUCAAGAACGAGUGCCCGCACAUUGUCGUCGGAACACCUGGUCGUAUCCUCGAUCUUGCUCGGCAGAAGGAUCUGAACUUGAAGCACGUUCGCCACUUCAUUCUCGACGAAUGCGACAAAAUGUUGGAGUCGCUUGAUAUGCGGAGGGAUGUUCAGGAGAUCUUCAAGCUUACUCCUCACGACAAGCAGGUCAUGAUGUUCUCCGCGACGCUCAGCAAGGAGAUUCGCCCCGUCUGCAAGAAGUUUAUGACCGAUCCGAUGGAGAUCUAUGUUGAUGACGAAACGAAGCUGACACUUCAUGGACUCGUUCAGCACUACAUUCAAUUGAAGGAGAACGAGAAAAACAGGAAGCUGAACGACCUUCUUGAUGCGCUUGACUUCAAUCAAGUCGUGAUUUUUGUCAAAUCAGUGAACCGCGCUGCUCAGCUGAACAAGCUUCUGGUGGAAUGCAAUUUCCCUGCGAUUUGCAUUCAUUCUCAGAUGACACAGGAGGAGAGGCUGACCCGCUACAAGGCAUUCAAGGAGGGACACAAACGCAUUCUGGUGGCAACAGAUCUUGUGGGGCGUGGCAUUGACAUUGAGCGAGUCAAUAUUGUCAUCAACUACGACAUGCCUGAAAAUGCAGACACGUAUCUUCAUCGGGUUGGCCGUGCUGGUCGUUUUGGCACCAAGGGUCUAGCUAUUACUUUUGUGAGCUCAGAGGAGGAUUCAAAGAAGCUGGAUCAGGUUCAGUCACGGUUUGAAGUUGACAUCAAGGCCUUGCCAGAGCAGAUCGACACGUCUACGUACAUGCCUUCCUAG